UUGACUUUUUUGAUCAGGAUGACAUGAAGAGUCAUGGUGCCAAAUUUCACAUUAUUCCAUGAAACUAAUAUUAUUCCCAUGAAUGGGAAAAAUUUGGAGAUUUCCCAUUAGCAUAACAUUGGCAGUUUGGCGCAUCGCCAUGGCAACACGGUGCAAAAAAAAGCAUGGGUGUCAUUGACUUUAUUGAAAAAACUAAAACAAAACAAAAAAACUGGUUUAUUAGUCUGUCUACUGGUUUAUUAGUCUGUCUACAUAUCCAAUGCUCAAAAUGCUCAGUCUCCCCUUGUGAUGUUGUGGUUUACAACAUAUCUGUAAUGAGCAAGACAGAUUUAGCUCAAUUAUAUGAAAACUAGGUACAGCCACUUUAAACAGCAAAUUCUACCAUAGAAUCCUGACUGUUCUCCAGCUCACAUUUAAAUGAGGCAUUCUAUAAUGUUGUCAUGAAGUCAUGUGACCAGCUCUAGAACACUCACCUAGCAACCAGUGUUGCCAUGGUGUUCUCGUCACCAUGGCAACGGUGACAAAGAAAUCCUUUGACACAAAGCAAUCGAUUUGUAGUACUUGUUAGAUCAAACUCAACGGUCACAACAAAGUCAAGUGCUCUUGUAUUGCUCUUGUAUUGCUCGUGUAUUGUUCGUGUAUUGCUCAGAUAUCAAAUUUUUUGACCAACCUAAAUACAUACUGAAAUGGCUUCAGGAUAUCCCUCCAGACUAGAUCAAACCCUGUUUAAGUUAGGGGAGUACAUCGUCUUGGACGUACUUGGGGAAGGGCAUUUUGGUGCAGUCACUAGAUGCUUUCACCCUCAGACUUUAGAGAUCGUGGCAGUUAAAACCCUGAAGAACGCCAGUAGCAGUCUCGAAAACGAAGUUGAGAUCUUGGAGGAGUUGCGCCUCUUACAACCAGACAAGUACAAUAUUGUCAGGUUCAUUGAAUACUUUGCAGAACAGGACUCCGAAUGCAUGGUAUUUGAAACAUUAGACAGGAGCCUGUUCGACUUUAUGAACAUGAGAGGAAAGCUAUUGUCUUUGUGUGAGCUCCGUCCAGUGGUACAGCAGCUCCUGGUGGCCUUUGACGGUCUCAAGACGGCUGGGAUCAUUCAUGCAGACCUAAAGCCAGACAACAUCAUGCUGGUGAACCACAGUAAGCAGCCUUUUAAAGUCAAACUCAUUGACUUUGGCCUUGCUGGUUAUGCAGACAUGAUGGACUUCCUGAACAUAUGGCAGCCUUUUCCAUACCGAGCUCCAGAGGCCACUCUAGGCUGCGACGUCACUGAGGCUGUGGACAUGUGGUCUCUAGGCUGCACUCUGGCAGAGUGUUUCACAGGAUACCGUCUUUUCAGUGGACACUCAGCCUACGAAAAUCUCAGGACAAUCGUCGAACUGGUAGGACUUCCAAGUGCAAAAGUGCUCCAAAAAGCACAUAUGGCUUUAGAUUACUUUACAAGCCCUUCUGGUGACUUCACACAGUGGAGACUUCAAACCUUAGAUGAGUACUAUGGCAGACAGAGAGAAGACAUGCCCAUGGUCUCAGAUUGUCUAGCUGGAAUAUUCAGCUCUUUAGACAGUGUUUUUCAGGGGUCUCAUACAAGAACGGGAGACCCAGAGCACAGAGACAGAUUGGCCUUUGCUGAUCUCAUAAAGAGACUUCUGGACCUGGACGAUGAGAUGAGAAUCACUCCCAAGGAGGCACUCCAUCACCCCUUUGUGACGAUGGAACAUCUGAUCGGUGAUGACAGUGAAUACAGUGAGAACGCUCGUGGCCUCAUGGCCUUAGCUCUUAAAGGGUCCACCACUGUGUCUGAUUUGAGCCCUCCUGAACAGCCCAGUCCACACGUCCCACAACAUGUACCAGAGCCGCUCUGGGAUGAGGAGGAAGCAAUAAGACCCACGCAAACACUGGAGCACAUAGACAACACAAAGUGUUUCAACCAGGGUAUUCUAGAGACUCCAAUGGACAACGAGGAAAACAUGCAACCUGUCAAGUACGUCAAUGGGUUUUUCUAUUUUGGCCUUGAAGAUCCAGUUUGGAAUGAACCACUUAAUGUAGGAGAAACAAGUGUCCCCCAAAUACCUCAGUGUUUGAACCCAGCUAUUCUAGAGCAGCAGGGAACAGCAACAGAACUCACUGAAGAAAACAUGUCCAAAAACUGGUGUGAUUAUACUUCUGAGGACGACGAACUCCUCUACAGCCAGGAAUUCGACCUGGAGAUGGAACUCGCCAAUCAGGACCAGACCUCUGGACCAUCUGAGGAGGUGGUCCAAACCUCUGUAACUCUUGAAGAGUUGGAGAGGGAGCAGUUGGAGCCUCAAACCCAACAGAGGUCUGAAGAGGAAGAAGACCAGAGCUUGAGCUUAAACAUGCUCGAAUUUGAAAAGGCCUCUAAAGCUGCUCAGGCUUUAGAUGCCAGAGAGGAACGUCUUCUCCAAGAGCUGGAAGACCUCAGGUAUGUUCGAGAAAUUGACCACAAACAGCACCAGGAGGAGAAGCUCAAGUUAUUGAACAAAACUGAGCUGAUCAUUGCAGGUCAUAAGAAGCAACUCCAAGGCUUCAAAUCUGAACUGCACACAGUGAAAAAGGAGAACAGACAAUUAGUGAGAGAAUCUGAGGAGCUGAAACGUAGGAUUAAGAUCAAAGAUGGAGACGUAAACCAGCUUGUCGAACAGCAUGAGGAGGACAAGAGGAAAAUGAAGCGGAUUAUUCAAGAUCAUAACACUGAAAUGAAGAAAAAGGACAGAAUAACCCAAGAACUCCAAAUUGAACUGAACAACGUGAAAGAGGAGAGAGCAGCACUUAUACACCAGUCAGAUGAACUGAAGCACCAGCUUCAGUCCAAAGAUCGCACUAUGGACGCACUGCAGAAACAAGUUGCUGAAAUGAAAGACAUGCUGGAGCAAAUUCGAAAAGAUUCCAGACAAAAAUCCAAACAGUGGGAAAAGGAAAAACGGAAUCUUCAGACGGACGCUGCCAAUAUGAAAUCCAAACUCCACAAAAAAUCUUCAGAAAAUACAGAGCUGACUGAGCAGAACUCUCAACUGAAGCGUGCACUGGCAGAUUUCAGAACGGACAUGUCUGCUCUGAAACAUGAACUGGAAACCAAAAAACAAGAGGCGGCUGUCCAGAAGGUCCAGAUGUUGCGGCAAAUGGAAGACAAAGAUACGCACAUCCGAAAGAUGGACGAGGAGAAGGACGCCACUUUGAGGACCUGUGAGGAGGUGAAGGAGGAUCUCAGAAAGACACAGAAAGAGCGCUCCCUGCUGAUGGAGAGAUGCAGUGCAUCAGACCAGCAAUUGAAAAGAGCAGAGGUAGAGCGCUCCCUGCUGGUCAUUAAGAACAACGUGUUACAGCAACAGAUAGAAGAGGAGAAACAAAUCAAAACCGAACUAGAGGAGGAGAAGACGGCUCUCUUAAAGACCUGUGAGGAGCUAAAGGCAGAGAGCUCCCUACAGGCUGAAAGCUGCAGUGCGUUGGAGAAACAGCUGAGGAGCACAGAAGAACAGCACUCCCUGCUGGAGAAGAUGAGCAUAACACUGGAGCACGAGCUGGAGAAGAGGAAGAGGAAAUGGUACAGGAGACUGUUCCGCACUUUAGAGAUCGUGGCAGUUAAAACCCUGAAGAACGCCAGUAGCAGUCUCGAAAACGAAGUUGAGAUCUUGGAGGAGUUGCGCCUCUUACAACCAGACAAGUACAAUAUUGUCAGGUUCAUUGAAUACUUUGCAGAACAGGACUCCGAAUGCAUGGUAUUUGAAACAUUAGACAGGAGCCUGUUCGACUUUAUGAACAUGAGAGGAAAGCUAUUGUCUUUGUGUGAGCUCCGUCCAGUGGUACAGCAGCUCCUGGUGGCCUUUGACGGUCUCAAGACGGCUGGGAUCAUUCAUGCAGACCUAAAGCCAGACAACAUCAUGCUGGUGAACCACAGUAAGCAGCCUUUUAAAGUCAAACUCAUUGACUUUGGCCUUGCUGGUUAUGCAGACAUGAUGGACUUCCUGAACAUAUGGCAGCCUUUUCCAUACCGAGCUCCAGAGGCCACUCUAGGCUGCGACGUCACUGAGGCUGUGGACAUGUGGUCUCUAGGCUGCACUCUGGCAGAGUGUUUCACAGGAUACCGUCUUUUCAGUGGACACUCAGCCUACGAAAAUCUCAGGACAAUCGUCGAACUGGUAGGACUUCCAAGUGCAAAAAUGCUCCAAAAAGCACAUAUGGCUUUAGAUUACUUUACAAGCCCUUCUGGUGACUUCACACAGUGGAGACUUCAAACCUUAGAUGAGUACUAUGGCAGACAGAGAGAAGACAUGCCCAUGGUCUCAGAUUGUCUAGCUGGAAUAUUCAGCUCUUUAGACAGUGUUUUUCAGGGGUCUCAUACAAGAACGGGAGACCCAGAGCACAGAGACAGAUUGGCCUUUGCUGAUCUCAUAAAGAGACUUCUGGACCUGGACGAUGAGAUGAGAAUCACUCCCAAGGAGGCACUCCAUCACCCCUUUGUGACGAUGGAACAUCUGAUCGGUGAUGACAGUGAAUACAGUGAGAACGCUCGUGGCCUCAUGGCCUUAGCUCUUAAAGGGUCCACCACUGUGUCUGAUUUGAGCCCUCCUGAACAGCCCAGUCCACACGUCCCACAACAUGUACCAGAGCCGCUCUGGGAUGAGGAGGAAGCAAUAAGACCCACGCAAACACUGGAGCACAUAGACAACACAAAGUGUUUCAACCAGGGUAUUCUAGAGACUCCAAUGGACAACGAGGAAAACAUGCAACCUGUCAAGUACGUCAAUGGGUUUUUCUAUUUUGGCCUUGAAGAUCCAGUUUGGAAUGAACCACUUAAUGUAGGAGAAACAAGUGUCCCCCAAAUACCUCAGUGUUUGAACCCAGCUAUUCUAGAGCAGCAGGGAACAGCAACAGAACUCACUGAAGAAAACAUGUCCAAAAACUGGUGUGAUUAUACUUCUGAGGACGACGAACUCCUCUACAGCCAGGAAUUCGACCUGGAGAUGGAACUCGCCAAUCAGGACCAGACCUCUGGACCAACUGAGGAGGUGGUCCAAACCUCUGUAACUCUUGAAGAGUUGGAGAGGGAGCAGUUGGAGCCUCAAACCCAACAGAGGUCUGAAGAGGAAGAAGACCAGAGCUUGAGCUUAAACAUGCUCGAAUUUGAAAAGGCCUCUAAAGCUGCUCAGGCUUUAGAUGCCAGAGAGGAACGUCUUCUCCAAGAGCUGGAAGACCUCAGGUAUGUUCGAGAAAUUGACCACAAACAGCACCAGGAGGAGAAGCUCAAGUUAUUGAACAAAACUGAGCUGAUCAUUGCAGGUCAUAAGAAGCAACUCCAAGGCUUCAAAUCUGAACUGCACACAGUGAAAAAGGAGAACAGACAAUUACAUGAGGAGGACAAGAGGAAAAUGAAGCGGAUUAUUCAAGAUCAUAACACUGAAAUGAAGAAAAAGGACAGAAUAACCCAAGAACUCCAAAUUGAACUGAACAACGUGAAAGAGGAGAGAGCAGCACUUAUACACCAGUCAGAUGAACUGAAGCACCAGCUUCAGUCCAAAGAUCGCACUAUGGACGCACUGCAGAAACAAGUUGCUGAAAUGAAAGACAUGCUGGAGCAAAUUCGAAAAGAUUCCAGACAAAAAUCCAAACAGUGGGAAAAGGAAAAACGGAAUCUUCAGACGGACGCUGCCAAUAUGAAAUCCAAACUCCACAAAAAAUCUUCAGAAAAUACAGAGCUGACUGAGCAGAACUCUCAACUGAAGCGUGCACUGGCAGAUUUCAGAACGGACAUGUCUGCUCUGAAACAUGAACUGGAAACCAAAAAACAAGAGGCGGCUGUCCAGAAGGUCCAGAUGUUGCGGCAAAUGGAAGACAAAGAUACGCACAUCCGAAAGAUGGACGAGGAGAAGGACGCCACUUUGAGGACCUGUGAGGAGGUGAAGGAGGAUCUCAGAAAGACACAGAAAGAGCGCUCCCUGCUGAUGGAGAGAUGCAGUGCAUCAGACCAGCAAUUGAAAAGAGCAGAGGUAGAGCGCUCCCUGCUGGUCAUUAAGAACAACGUGUUACAGCAACAGAUAGAAGAGGAGAAACAAAUCAAAACCGAACUAGAGGAGGAGAAGACGGCUCUCUUAAGACCUGACCUGUUCCGCGCUGGGAUCGGCGCCAUCCUCUACCUCAUCACGUCUCUGGUGUGUGUGAUCCAGGGGUCAGGGGACGGAGCCCGGAUCGCAGGAGGGGUCAGUCCAGCUUCUGUCACUCACUUUGUAAACGUCACUUUACGGCUGCGUUUUGAAGUCAUGUGA